AUGGUGUCAGCUGGGAUUUCAGCUUCGCCCACUGCCGUGGUGUUUGACGACCCCCCUAUCGCCAUCAAAAAUGUGCUGGACCUCACUGAAGAAGGCUUUCUAACGGAUGAAGUUUUAACAGAAGUAUUACCAAAGAGAUACACAUUUAUCUCUGUCGAAAAUUAUGGGAGAAGUGCUUGGACACAUACAGCCAAGGUCACGACCAAGCGAUCGGAUGGCUCUGAGAAACCCUUCUUCUUGAAGAUAUCAUACGGAAACCACGGGGGAGUCAUGCUGCAAGGUGAGUAUGAGUCUGCCAGGGAAGUGGUCAGACUCAUGCCCGAUCUUAUUCCGCAGCCACGUGCCUUUGGCCAGUUCAAAGUCGAGUCGCCAGUCACUUAUUACUACCUCUCUGACUUUAUUGAAAUGGAUACAACUACUGUUCCGGACCCAACUGAACUUGCUCGACAAGUAGCAGAGUUGCACAAAACUAGUCGAUCGCCCACGGGCAAGUUUGGAUUCCACGUCACCACCUGUGACGGCAGAAUGCCUCACACUGUGGACUGGGAAGACAGCUGGCCCAAGUUCUUCUGUAAACUUCUGUUGGGAGUUUCCAAGCUUGAUACCGAAGCCAAUGGUCCUUGGCCUGAGAUGGAGCGGGCUACCAAGCAGGUCCUUGACUUCGUCGUGCCACGGUUGCUUGGUGACCUCAAGCAAGACGGUAAACCAAUCAAACCCAGCCUCCUACACGGUGAUCUUUGGGAGCCCAACUUGGGGGUCGAUAAGAAAACAGGCCGCCUGAUCAUGUACGAUGUUGGGUCCUACUAUGCGCACAACGAAAUGGAUCUGGGCCACUGGAGGAACGAAUUCUGCUCCCACCUUCGUUCAAAAGUCUACCUGGAGCAGUAUCUUCGCCAGUACCCUGCUGCAGAGCCCCGUGAGGAAUUUGAUGAUCGCAACCGCCUGUACUGCCUCAAAGGAAAUCUAAACUGGUCCGCCGGACAUCCGAAUUCUGUUCUUAGACGCACAGCCUACAACCACAUGUGCUACCUUUGCGAAAAGUACGCUCCUCUUGACGGCAUCGAUAAGUACGACCCAGGAAAGGAUCCCACUGUCACUGGCGCGAGUAUCGUGGUCGAUGUCGGCCCACGAAGGCCUGGCACUGUGUAA